GUCAUAACAAGCGCUCUCCCGCUGUCAGCUGUGUUUAUUUUUCUUUCCAUUCGCCAGAAGCAGAACGAAAAGAAAAUACGAAAACGGAAAAUUUGCUCAGCUGAUAAAUGUUGGCGAUAGGGAAGGGCAGAUAAAGGUGCAUUAUCUUCCCACUCUCGCCAGUCAUAUCAAAUCUCUUUGCCCGGACAAUCAGUCAGACAAUCGCUGUGCAUCUGUCCCUGGGGUGCGUAUAAGUACGUCCGCAACUACGUCAUAUCGCGUCACAGAGCGUCGUCAUCGGCCAGCCAGCAGGAACGAUAUUUAUUUUUAAGAAUUUCAAUCACACACCAGUGCCAAAAUGGGUGAAAGUGUCGACUCUAAAACGCGUCUCGAGGAGGGCCGAAAUAUACCGCCGGCGCUGAAAAAGCUGCUCGAAUGGGACGUCGUCGUGACGAAACAGUUUGUCAGCUUUAUGCUGAACUUUGUGCCGCUCCGUUCGCUCCGAACGCACUGCAAGGUGCUGGAGUAUUCGUGCCAUGGGAUCGCUUGGCUGGCGGGAUGGUUGGCCUUUUGCUGGAUGAUCGAUAAGCCCGAGUGGUACCAGAUGCAGGUGAACCUGUUCAUCGGGCUGCUGACGGAUAUUGUGAUGGUGGCAGUCAUAAAGGCAGCUACACGUCGCCGCCGGCCAGCCAUAAACGAUGACCCGCUUUGCUUCGGUCCGGACAAGUUUAGCUUUCCGUCGGGGCAUGUGUCCCGCGGUGUGUUCAUUACCACGUUCCUGAUCGUGCUCGAUCCGGUGAUGAUUGUGCUGUGGCCUCCGCUACUUGCGUGGUCCGUAGCGCUGUGCCUUUCUCGCCUCAUUCUCUACCGCCAUCACAUCCUGGACGUGCUCGGAGGCAUUGUGCUAGGGCUGUUCAAUGCGUUGCUGAUUUCCAUCCUUUGGUUCGAUCAGGAGGGCAGCGUGUGGCUGAUCAACUGGAUCACGGACGAGCGUGUGGCUGGUGCGGAAUAUGCUGUGUAAAUGCUGCUACCAAAUGUACAAUCUAAUUAUCAGUAAACGACAAGCAUUUUGUCACUAAACAUA